UAGUGCAAUCUUAUAAAAACAAAAAUAUUGAUGUCAGUGUCAAAGCAAAAUUAAAUAUAGCAUUCAGGUUUCCUGAAUAUAUUAACUAGUUUAUAAAGUAAAAGGGGAUCCAAAGUAUUCGUUUCACGGCACGUUGAUAACGAUUUAAUGUAAAUCUAUGAUUAUAAUAAAAAUUAAGGUAAAAUAGUCUUUCGAUGCAGGAAACAAAACGCAAACAGCACAACUACUACCUAAAUAUUAUGAGUGGCAACAUAUCGGUUUCUAAUGUCAAUAUUCGUCUACGAAGUGUUGAUUCCCAGAAAUACUUUAAAAUUUGUGAAUAACUAUUAUGAGUACUUAAUUACGUACUUUAAAACUUUUAAAAUGUGUAAAAGUUAAUUUGAAAUUGGAAAGAAAUUGUGUGUUAUAGUUGAGGUAAAUAAAUCUUAUUGAUCUUAGAUAAUCAAUAUGGUGACUAGAAUGAACUGCUUUGUUUAUAGUCCUCCCUUUUAAUUUACCAGUUCUUUUAUAAAUAACUUUAGUCUAUAAUCAAAAUCUUCAUUAAUGCAUGAAUAUUUGAAAGUUUAUCUCAUCAAAUGAUAUUUAAUUAGAAAUAUUUGAAAUACUUAUUAUGUUGACAUAAUAAAAACAUAAUUGACUCAGAUUACUUUAUCUUUAAAUACAAAAAGAAAUGCCUUUUACUAUGGAUAAGUAGUUUUAAAUGUUUAUGACCAAAUACUUGAAGAAAUUAAUUGAUUGAGGGUGAAUAGGAAGUUUUUUGAAGAAAAAUAUUGCAAUUUUGUCUCAAGGAAUGUCAAAACAGUUAAUUAGUAAGAAAAACAAUUUUGUUAAAGCUAAUGCUUUCACUACCGCAUAAUUAAAUGGAGUUAUUUUGGUUGUUAUUACUGAAUAUUUAAUACAGUAUUAAACUCAUUGAAAGUACAUGAAGAAAACUAUAUCAGGUACGGGAUAAGAUAAGAUAAACUUUAUUUCAAUUUAAAAAUUAUUCUAUAUUACAAUUUGCUUGUGAUAAAUGUGAGCCAGACUUAUUUUUAUGUUGACACCUUAGUAAAUAUUGUACUUGUAUAGUAGGUUUCUAUAAUAAAUUAAAACUAUUUCAAUUUGUGGUUAUUCUAAAAUAAUAUAUAAAACAAUAAAUUACAUAAUAUCUGCAACAAAAUACGACUUAUUUGGUUAUUGCCUUGUCUCUAUUAAAUAAUUACAGCAAGUAUUUUUUCUGUGUCAUUAUAUGAUCUACCCUCUAACCAGUUGUGUAUGGCUUUUUUACAUGAGAUUUUAUUCAAAGGGUAAAGUUUACUUUAUUAUAUAUAUAACUCCUGAGAAAACAAAAAGUCUGUGGGAGUGUGAAGUCCAUUCCUUUUCAGAGUGUACAAACAAUAUCAGUCCUUCACUUACUGGUUUGGAGUGUAGGGUUAUAAUGUGUUAGGGAGUGCUUUUUAAGGACUGUUAGUUGUAUAUACAACUGGCAAACAACAAAGACUACAGUUGACUAAGGGUUCUGCGGUUGGGAAUCUAAAUGGCCUGAAGAUGUUUACUUUUAGAAUGGCUCUCUGUGCUAUUUCUAACUUUAGUAUGAAUGGAUUUUAUCAAGUAUUUUAUAUGAUAAAUGUCAGUAUAUCAUAGUAAAUGCUCAAAUUCACAGCAAGUAUAACUACCAUUGAAUGCAAUCCUAGUGAGCAUUGUUUUUUUAUAUGUAAAAUAUUAUGUAUAAAUAUAUUGCUCAGUUUUUUAACAGACUUUGAAAAUGGAAAAGAUUAACUAUUAAAUCAAAUGAAAAUAUCUUUAUUCAAGUAAGCUUAUUACAAGCACUUUUGAAUAGUCAAAAGAUUUCUUUUUCUCCUACCACUUGUUCAGGAUGUUUUUUAGCUGAUAAGAAGAACAAGUGAAAGAAACUUACCAGCUCUUUAUCAUAAGUAAUGACAUUUACAUAAAACAUGUCAUUACCAAAAUAAUAUGUAUUAUCAAUUUAUCACAAUAGUAAAUACAACUUUCAAAGUCUGUAGGUCAUAGGUUGUACAUUAAAUUAGUUGUUAUAGAACAAAGCGAACACUAUUAAUUCCAUGCAUUGUGAUCGUAAAAAUAAUCAUCAACUUUAUAAUAGCCUUUACUCAUAAGUAUGUUCUUUACAUGAAUUUUUAUGAAUUGAACAUAGCAAUAAAUGCAUUGCUAUGUUCAAUAAAGUUCCACAAAAUGUAAUCAACCUACCCAUAAAUAAAUUAAAAAUUCAUGUAAAGAACAUACUUAUGAGUAAAGGCUAUUAUAAAGUUGAUGAUUACCCAGAAAUGAUAGCGAAAGUUUUAAGUUUGAAAUAUUUUCUAGAUCUUUUUCCCAGAAUAUUAUUACCUUUAACUAUAUGAUAAAGAUAGGCAGACAGUUGCAACCACUAAUCGUUGCCCAUAUCCAAAGAGCUUUUGUAUUUUAUACCUAUAUAAUUAUUGAAAAUGUUGAAGAACAACUAUUUUUAUUUGUUGACAUUGUAUUUAUACAUCAAGAUGAUUUAAGAAUGUAAAAGAAAGAUGUUCUGGUGCUUGCCCUUUGUAAUCAGUACUAACAUCUAUACUUAUAUUAUAAGAAGGGAAGGAUUGUUUGCAUUUAAUAAGCUCCAAAAUUACUGGACCGAUUUUAAAAUUCUCUCACCUACAGGAUGCUACUUCAUACUCGGGUGACAUAGACUUUAAUUUAUACGAAGUCGCGUGAAAACAGCUAUUAAAUAUAAAUACGUAUAGGAGGGUAAUUAUAACAUCUUGAGACAUUUUCAGGGUUCAAAAAUGGAAGCUACAGAGCAAGUGUUCAUUAAACAAGAAGAGGAUGUCGCAGGAUUCAAAAUGGAAGUAAAAGUUGAAGUGGAACCGUAUGACGAACACGAGAUCAUUGCCAACACUGUCUGCGAGCAAAACGUGAAAAUUGAGAUAACCGAAAAAAAUAGUGACACCGCCAUCUAUGAGAAUGACACGGAAUCAGACGACGAAAAUGUUAAAAGCAACCCUAGAACUAUAGAAUUUGAGGGUACCGCCUUUGUUAACGGUAAAAGGAGUCGUUUGAAUUGCCCACAAUGCGAUACCACUUUUAAGAACCGUGCUAAUUUAAAAAGUCACCUCAAAUAUAUACAUGCUACAGAAGAUGAAGUGAAAGAAUGCGAUAUUUGUUUCCGCACCUUUAAAUCUCUAGUUCAUUUGCGGUCGCAUACGAAUUCCGUUCAUGCUAACGUUAAAGAAGUCACAUGCGAUUUUUGCGGCAAGAAUUUCUUGAACAAAAAGAAAUUAAACAACCACAUUUUCUAUACACACCCGAAAACUGAGGAAAACGCGAUAUGUGGCAUCUGUUCUAAAGUCUUCAAAACUAAGUACAGAUUAAAACUCCACAUACGAACUGUUCAUCCCGAAGGGAAGAAUGUGAAAUGUCCAGAUUGUAUGAAGGAAUUUAAAUCAGAUAUGCUAUUACAGAGGCAUAUAAAAUGGGCUCAUCCCACCGACGGAAUGACUUACCGAUGCCAGGAAUGCGGAAGAGUAUUGCCGUCCAUUUAUUGUUACAAGAAGCAUUUGAAAAAUGUCCACGGCUUAGGUAAUAUCAAAUGUGAACAUUGCGACAAAGUAUUCCAAACUAAAAACACUUUACACAGGCACAUAAAAACCUUCCACGAAGGAAUCAAGAUCGAGAAGAAAGAAUACAAGAGCGGUCAACACGAAUGCGAUAAGUGCAAUAAAAGAUUCAGUACAUUAACAGCGCUGACGUGGCAUCAAGAACGGCUACAUUCAGAGAACAAAGUCAAUACGACCUGUCAGAUGUGUUCCAAAGAGUUCGGUGACCACAACGGACUGAAACGACAUUUGGAAACAGUUCAUUCGAUGGAGACGGCUACAUGUAAUUUGUGUUCGAAGACUUUUAAGUCGUAUUUGAAUUUGCAGAGGCACAUUCGAGUCACCCAUGCGCCUCCAGAAGCAGCUCAGACUUGUGAUAUAUGUCAGAAAACAUUCAAAUGCUCUAUGCACUUAAAAAUACACGUUUAUGCCGUUCAUCCAAAGGAAGGUAGAGUCAGUUGCGAGAUAUGUAAAAAGGAAUUCUCCUCCAAGAAGUAUUUGAUUAAGCACGAGAAAACGCAUAAUAGCAAAGAUUUCCCUUGCAAUCAAUGCGGUAAUUAUUUUAAAAGCGUUUUUGAUGUCAAAAGGCAUAUAAGUAGAGUUCAUAUGAAGAAGAAGCAGAAUGAGACUAGAAUUGACAGCAGUUGUUUGAAAUGUGGUGUUAAUUUCACGGAUGAUGCUGAAUUACAUUCCCAUAUAGUUAGUUGUGGUAGUCAAGAUAUAACGUUUAUAAAAGUUGAGUUAGAAGAAGAUAUUGAGCACUCGUAGAAGAAAAAUCAUCUGUACAUUUUUAUUGUGUUAAUAAAUUAAUCUGUAAAAAUAGGCAAAUGAAUUUAUGGAUAUAUUGAAUUUUGUAAAUAUAAAAUUAUAUUAAAAUUAAAUAGAAAUACAUUGAUUAUAAAAUAUCUGUGAAUUUUUUAUCGCGUCAAUAGGUAUAACAAUUUUUGAAGAAUUUAAUAGACUAUAUUAACGUUUUAAUAUCUCGAUAAAUUUUAAUACUAAUAAGAAAGAAAGAAAGAAAAAUAGUUUAUUGCUGUCAACCCACAUAAUGUGUGCGUUAUGUGGGUUGACAGCAAUAAACUAUUUUUGUAACAAUAAUAAUGUGAAAAAAAAAACUAUUUGUAUAAUAAAGUGGUAUUAUGUAGGCUAUGCGAUGCCAACACUGGAUUCAACUCGGUAUAAGCAACAGGCAGGGCCCGACGCACUGAUACUCUGCUGAGUUCAGUCAUGAUAUCACAGAGUAUAAUUAUUUCAAUUUAAGACUGGAAAUGUCCGCUUUAAAACCAUAUUAGAAAAAGUGACUAAAGCAAGCAAUACUAAAAUAAAAAAAUUUCAAAAUAAAUCAAUCAGUUUCAAAAUAAAGGGCCUACUUAUAAUAAGAUACAGCUGAGUAGGCUAGAUUCCAAAUUCCUUCAUUUAAAAAGCACUUUUAAAAAAAUGGAUAUGUGAUGUAAAAAUCUAAAGUUAGAAGAAGAAAACGUAAAAGUCUAAUGAGGAAGUAUUUUAAAAAAACGAAAGCACUAAAAGCACCUCCACUAGAUGGCGACUCUAGCAAAAGUUGAUUUUAGCAGGUAACGAAUGUUUGAUUUCGG